CGCUGAAAGUCAAUGUAAGUGGUUCUGAUCGGAGGAGGAAGCAGUAGUGGUUAGAAUCGGAGUUAUGAGUUGCUUGAUGAUGCCCGGAGUGCAACCAGGGUCUCCCUGCAAGGCCCGCGGUCAGAUACAGGUUAUCUUUGGACCCAUGUUCUCUGGGAAAAGCACUGAACUCAUGCGCCGGGUCCGUCGUUUUCAAAUUGCACAGUACAAAUGUCUGCUGAUCAAGUAUGCCAAGGAUACACGCUACUCUGCCAGUGGGGUCUCCACACAUGACAGGAAUACCAUGGAGGCCCUGUCAGCUUGUUACCUCAAAGAUGUGCAUCAAGAGGCCCUCAACUCUGCAGUGAUUGGCAUCGAUGAGGGCCAGUUUUUUCCCGAUAUUGUAGAGUUCUGUGAGGCAAUGGCCAAUGCAGGGAAGACAGUCAUCAUUGCAGCCCUGGAUGGGACCUUCCAGAGGAGGGCCUUUGGGAACAUCUUGCAGCUGGUCCCCUUGGCAGAGAGUGUGGUGAAACUGAAUGCGGUCUGUAUGGAGUGUUAUCGUGAAGCCUCUUACACAAAGAGGCUGGGAACAGAAAAAGAGGUGGAAGUGAUUGGAGGAGCAGAUAAGUAUCAUUCAGUCUGCCGUGUCUGUUACUUCAAGAAGCGAUCACACCAGCCAGUGCCUGAGAACAAAGAGAACCUACCAGGAGGAAGCAAAGCAUCGGAGAUCUCUGCAGCCAGGAAGGUCUUAGCUGCCUGUCAGAUCAAGCAGUGGAGCCCAUCAAAGUGAACGGGGGAAAGGAAGACUGUCUGCUCAGUGGAUUUGCCUCACAGGAUUAAUAGUGAGACACUAGAAACAGAGAGCAGUUGCUGCAGGGGAAAAUGCAGGAGCACAAUGCAGCAUGCUAUCACGUUUUUCCUUAUUUAAGCAAAAGAUCCCUUUAGUACCCUGCUGUCUGAGGAACAUUUCCCUAUGAUGCCGUCUUUCCUUCUGGUGUAAAACUUGCCUGCUGUUUUUACUCACUUUAGGGUUUAACUGCCCAACAGUCUGGGCUGGCUAAGCUCACUAGCAGAACCUGUUUUAUAGUAAGAACAGGACAUUAAUUAUACCCUGCCACUCUAUAGCCUCUGGCAUUCCUCUUCAUCAAGACAGUUUUUUUAAAAAAAACCUAACCCUUUUCUCCAGUAUGGAAUGAUUUAUGCUUGACAGUUUGCUUAACUCCUUAUGGAGUUAUUUGUUGACUUUGUCCAUGCAUCUCACUGUACUUCAAGCUGGCCAAUAUGGGAAGGUGGUUCUUCUGUUCUGUGAUAAGAGUGAUUCAGAGUGCAGUCCUGUACAAAGCCCUUUGAUUUCAAUGGGCAUUGACUGGAGUAGCUAUGCAUUUACAUAUGAUACAGAUUUGGCUUGAAAGUUCUGCCUUUUAAUUUAUUAUCUGAUACUGCAGUGUUAGUGUCAGUUGCCCUUUAUAAUGGCUAUUCUUUCACUUGCCUACUAUAUCUUAUCUUGGAGACAAACAGCUGGGGGACUUUGCACCUGCUUUAAGUGACACUUUUGCACUUAAUCAUAUGCUUCUACUAGGAAAAUUCUUCUCUAGUAGUAACUCUAUGAUCUGAUCUUCAAGUUAUUAAAUAAUUUGGUAGAUACUGAAUGCAUUCCUGGUAUAUGUACUUUGAUAUUUUGUUCUUUUCUAGAAAUUAGAUGUAUAUUUCUUAUAAAGUGUGACUGAACUGCUGAAAGGAGGGCCUUGGAAGCUUCCAAGAGUCAGUUGAAGGGUAUUAAUAUUUGGGCCCUUUCUGGUCUGGUAGCUGUUUUCCUACUGAAGCUAUACUAGAUUUAAAGGAAAAAAUAAAAGCAGAAUACAUUGAGAGUCUAUUCUGAAAACAAAGUAGACAAGUGUU